GCAAAACAUGGCGGAAUACUAAUAAAAACAGUGUAGGCUGGAAGAGGGUGGACCCAGUCUCAAACAUAGAGAUUGGUGGCAAGAAAGAAUGAUCUGACCACCAAGUAUUUCCUUCAUUCUACAUAUCAUGUUCUACUGUGAUAAUUAGUCAUAUCAUAUAUCUAUAUCAUAUCCUUUCAUGAUGGAGGAGGACAAAGACAAAACAGAAUCUACCAGAACUCGCAGGAGACGUUUAAGUGAUGAAUCUCAGCCUAAAAUCCACAGUACAUCAAGAUCCAGGAUCAGGGAUAUAACUUUUAAUGAUGCUGUACCUAAUGAACCAAUAAUCCUUUCGGACAAGACUCAGACUGGAGCCAGCACAUCAAGGGAAUCUCGUUGGCGUUCAGCUAGGAAAGAUGUUUCUGCUGACCAAGAUGUGCCGCCUGUUCUACCUUCAGAUCCUCCUCCACCAAUGCCUGCUGAGACAAGUCCCAGAUCCCAACCAUCAGAGCCAAGUUCAGCGUCCAGAUCUCAGCGCUGGAGGUCAAGGAUUACAAAUCAACCCAAAUUCUCUUCCGAUAAAAGUGAAUCCACUGAUUCUCAACCUCCUGGUCUUCCUUCAGAACCACCUCCUCCUCCUCCAGAUGAAUCUAUAUCUCAAUCUCCUAGAAGAAGAUCUCGCCAUGAGGAUGAAGCAAUUGCUCCUGUACAUUCAACAACCACCCCUAUGUCCCGAUCGACAAGUGUCCCAUCCACUACUGAUGAGCCACCAUCACAAACCUCUCGGAGAAGGCCACCACCGAUUGAACAUGCAUCACGAAGUCUAACUGAGGAUGCCCUGAAAGCUCUUCUCUCACAACCAAUUAGUAUCCCAUCUCAUCCACUGCCUCCACCUGUUUCAUUUGAUUUUAAUGCCCCAAUGUCACCAAGAAGAACAUCUAUGGAUAAGGAGGUUGUAACUGAAACACCAACAGACUCCAUUGUCGGACUUCCUGCUGCCCGUUCGGUAUCCUCAAGUUCUGGACCUAGGAGACAAAGACCAGCUGCAAGAGCUUUACAGACUGUGAAACCUUUGGAAAAAGAACCUGAAAAUACAUUGCCAAAGACUGUUACAAAAGAAGUUCCAGCAGAGAAAUCAUCAUCUUUGGAAGAUACUGAUGCUGCUGAAGACAUUAUUUCUCAAUUUAAGAGUCUUUCAAUCACAAAUGUGGCCGACAAGCAGGACUCACCCCCAAAGACUUCCAAGUCUGACUCUUCUCAAAUGUCCAGUUCAACAGAAACUGAAUCUUCUGAUUUGUCCUUUCAGAGUCUCUCCAAUUCAGCACUUGAUCAGCCACAACCACAACCAGAAGUAUCAUCUAGUGAGGGUCCUACUUCUAUACUUUCAGAAGCUAAAUUGAUCAGCUCAGCUAAGACUAUAUCCGAACAGCCAUCAAGGAGAUCAUCAAGGACUUUGUCAAUUAGUGAUGUUGCUAUUGGAGAACUGUCUCAUUCUCCAAGAACCUUGACCCAAACGUCUGAUAAAUCCUCAACAAGAUCAGUCUCUCCCCGAACUUCUAGAACUAUGUCUGCAAGUGAUAUUCCUCUGGAUGAUGAAGAAAUAGAUGGUGUUUCAGGUGGAGCCCCUCCACGAAGUUUGUCUCUAAGUGGUGAACAUUUACUGCUGCAGCAGAAGCAAUUACCAAAGUUGCACUACUCAUCAAGACGGCCAACUCGGGGUCCAAGGGGACCACUGGCCACUGACCUUGACCAAGCUGCUCGAGAUCUUGAUGAAAAGAGACUGCGGGCUUGGUUUAGUACACCCUCAAAGAAAGAUGAGGUUUCCCCAAAACAAAAAGCUGUACUUCACGAUGUGGAAACAGACAUUGAUGAUGAUCCAGGUGACAAAAAGUUCAUCACCAACAUCCAAGUGGCAGGUGUGCCUGGAGAGUCUACUACAGACUCUGACAAAUCCAGCCCCAAGAUAACAACUCCAUCUAAACAGAGCUCUAAAGGAGAUGCAUACAAACCAGUCAAUUUUGAUGAUGCAGUCAAGUACCCCAGAACCAUCCCUGGCAAAUUGGAUUUCUCACAAAUGGAGGUAUUUGAAGGCCAGAUGCUGGCACAGUGGCUGACGUCAUGGUUUGACGACACCCACUACCUGCACACAUUCCUGACGAAGCAUGACCUGAGGGUGCUGGUGUAUCAGUUCUGUACUCAUCUGCUGGCAGCUGGUGUCAUGAAGUCACAGGAGGUGCAAGCCAUGGAGACUGUUUUCAAGCCUCUAUGUAUGUACUACUGGACACACCUGGAGGCCCGGCCCCCCAGCCAGACUGACUCGCCAGGGAAGUUGAUGCCCAUGUGGCCACCACAGGCUGACGACAGUGACCACAGCACAAGGCCAUCCCUCAAAUAUACAGAGCCAGAACACCAGGCAGCCAUGGUUCAGAUGCGUCAUGACUACAAGGAAGACAUUGAACUGGUCAAGAAGGAGCACCAAGUGGAACUAGAGAAGUGUAAACAUGACUAUGAGCAUCAGAUUCAGGAGUGUCACACAAAGAUCCUGCAUCUCCAGCAGGAGGUGGAGAAGUAUCAAGUCCUUGCUGGAAUUGAAGAACUCACUCAGGCAGCUCUCUCCGAGGCUGAGGCAGCAAGGAAGGAAGCAGGUUUGGGGGACAGGUCAACCCUUCAUCUCACCAAUGGCUUCCUUUCACCCGAAGAUGCUGUGGGUGAGAGGAUCAUUGCUGUGACGGGGACGCCCCAACAGACACCCUCCACAUAUCACACCCCUGCAGCUACACCGGAGUGCCUUGGGAAGGAUCAUCCUGUACAGUAUUUGUCAGAAACAUCUCCAGAAAACACUGGAACCUUACACCCCCCAUCAGAACUUGUGCCUUCACCCCAGGGGGUUGGACUAGAUGAGGACACUCCUCCAAGACCCCAUCCUCCUGCUGAGGUGUCUGUUGCUCCUAGGGGUCCCCCUCCUCCUCCUCCCCCUCCUCCACCGCCACCUCCUCCACCACCAGGAGUAGGUGGACCACCCCCACCUCCUCCGCCACCUCCACCACCUGGUGGUGGCCCACCACCCCCUCCACCACCCCCUCCUGGACCAGGGAUGGGACCUCCACCACCACCCCCAGCUCCUGGAAUGGCUAUCAAGAAAGGUCCAAUGAAACCAGUUGUCAGCCCCAAGUCACCAAUGAAGCCCCUGUUCUGGCAGAGACUACAGGUCCAUGACAUCAAGAACAAAAACAAGGAGUUGAAGGACAGAAAUCUGUUCUGGGAGAAACUCAAGGAACCCACAGUGGACUUUGAUGACUUUGAUGACAUGUUUGCCAAGAAACCGUUGGAGCCUAAGAAGAAGGCAGCAUCCAAGCCAAAGGAAAAGACAAAGAAAGAGGUGGUGAAGCUGUUGGAUGCCAAGAGGUCACAGGCAGUUGGCAUAUUCCUGUCCAGUCUCAGAAUGGAGAUGCAGGAUAUAGAAAACGCCAUUUUGAAUCUUGACACUUCCUUGCUAGACCAAGAGAAACUCAAAGCAAUAUAUGAUAGUCGACCUGAUGAUGAUGAAUUGAAGAAGAUAAAGAAGCAUUUUGACAAGAACCCUGAUGCAACCCUAGACAAACCAGAACAAUUUUUCCAUGAUCUGACGCAGAUCCCUGACUACGACAGUCGGAUCUUCUGUUUCAUCUUCCAGUCUACCUUUGAAGAAAGCAUGUCUGUGAUAGAUUCCAAGCUGAACAACCUCAAGAUGACGUGCAAGACUCUUGUUGCAGAUGAUAAUAUCAAGCAGAUAUUUGGCAUCAUUCUUGUGUUUGGGAACUAUAUGAAUGGAGGCAGUAGAACACGUGGCCAGGCUGAUGGAUUUGGCCUGGAGAUUUUACCCAAACUCAGGGAUGUCAAGGGAAAGGACAACCGGACAAGCCUGCUGCAGUAUGUUGUGAUGCAGUAUGUGAAGACGGUGGAGGGUGACCGGGCAGGGACAGACCAAGCCAAGCUACCUAUCCCUGACCCAAGUGAUAUCAACCAGGCGGCCCUUGUUAACUUUGAUGAACUGCAGAAAGAAAUCAAGAGAAUUAAAAAAGAUUUCGAUUCUGCAGAGACAAGAUUUCAGAAAGUGUUAAAAUCGGAAGUUUCUGCCAAUCACCAACAGCCAUUUAAGGAUAUCAUGACAGAGUUCUUUGGCAAAGGUUAGUAGAAGAC